AUGGCCAAAACCACCUCUUCGCUACAAAAGACCUACGAUGAGUGCUACCUCACGUGUUCAACCGCCGUUUACUUCGAAGGCAAAAACAAUGAAGCUGAGGCUUUGAGAUCCUGGCGCUCCGCCCUCGAAACUAUCAAUUACCAUAAUGCCUAUCGCCUGUCUGCCACCUACACCCCCCGAACCGAAACCGAAAAGGCCCUCCAAGACUCCAUCCGUCAAUUAGAGACUCAAUGUCGAGAACGCGUUGAUCUCCUCGAAGCCCUUCGUGAAAGCAGGAAAGAAGCACAGAAAGACAACAAUCCAGCAACCAACGACAACGGUACCGGCAACGGCAACGGAAACAGCAAACCUACAAGUCCUACCGGGUUAUCAUCGCUAAAAGGGAAAUUCUCGUCCAAGAGUCCGACUUCGCCCACAAAUACUACUAGUAAUCAUAAUCGCACGCCCGGCUGGAUCGGUGACGGUACCAUCCCCGCUGUUCACUACGCCGAUCUAUCCAAACCCCCCGCAUUACCGGGUCGGCCCCAGCCUCAGACCAGGAUCAGUUCCGAGUCGAUCGCCCCUCGACACGCGACUACGACAUCAUCUGCUGUCUCACCGCCAUCCCGGGUCCUAUCCGAUUCCUCCAGCAGACCCAAGACCAAGCCAAAGCCCCCGUCGCAAUCGCGUACCUCGAGUCCGGAAAGAAAAGCACCGGACAAUAUACCGCCCAUGUUGUCGACAUUGCGCAAUAAGAAUCCCAAAAAGGAUCCUAAGAAGGAUCCCAAGAAACAGGCCAAGAAGAAGGCCAGUAGUCCCAGGGCUAGUCCGGAACGGGACUCGAGGCCGGCUGCUUCGCAGGCCGCCGCGGGCUUAGCGUGGGAUAGUAACUAUCGGUCACCGUCGUCGUCGGACAGAGGGGCCAGUGAUGCGGCGCUAGUGUCGUCGAGGAUUAGCGUAUCGGACUCGAGAUAUUCGUCGGGGGAGGAGUUGCCGACGAGGAGGACGUUUGCUGAUGACACCGAGCCGAGCACCUGGCGGACGUCUGACCAGGCUAUACGACGAGCUCCUGCAAAGACUCCAGUGACUAUCUCAUCUGCUGGGUCCGGUAGUGCGCAUCCUCAUUCUGCGAGUCGCGAGCGGUCGUAUUCGUCAGGGUCUGUGCCGCGUUCCUCGCCAAAGCCUUCGGUUAAACCCAAGCCGGCUGAAUUGAGGACGUCGCAACAGGCUCCUGCUCGACCAAAGCUCAAUGGCGCAGCAUCUGGUUCCGGAACGCCCAAGUUUAGUCGGACAAGCCACCCCGUAUCGAGAACUCGAAUCACUCCUACUUCAACUGGGAAUAAAGAUGCAGGACUUUCUGGUUCAAUGGACCGAAUGGGUAUUUCAGAUCCGGCGAUUCGAAGGAAACCGCAGGCCCGAAGAGAGACACCACCGUCGAGUGAUGCCGAGUCACCAGGACCCCGGUCCACAGAUGCAGAAGAGGAUAACGAAGAAGAUGACGGGGACGAAUACGAGGACGAAGAUGACGCGAUUAUGGAUAUCAUGAGCAAACUCCCCAAAGGCGUCGACACCAUGGCAGCCCGCCAAAUCCUCAACGACAUUGUCGUUCGCGGCGACGAGGUACACUGGGACGACAUAGCAGGACUCGAGGGCGCAAAGAAAGCCCUCAAAGAAGCCGUCGUUUACCCAUUUCUGCGUCCAGAUUUAUUCUCCGGCCUCCGCGAACCAGCUCGCGGCAUGCUCUUAUUCGGACCUCCGGGUACGGGUAAAACAAUGCUUGCGCGAGCCGUAGCCACGGAGUCCAAAUCAACCUUCUUCUCUGUCUCCGCCUCAACACUAACAUCAAAAUGGCACGGUGAAAGCGAAAAACUCGUCCGCGCAUUGUUCGGCCUCGCAAAAGCCCUCGCCCCAUCCAUCAUCUUCGUCGACGAAAUCGACUCCCUCCUCUCUGCGCGAUCAUCAGGCGCAGAAAACGAAGCAUCGCGUCGCUCAAAGACAGAAUUCUUAAUCCAAUGGUCUGAUCUGCAACGUGCAGCCGCAGGACGCGAACAAGGGAAAGCAGAUAAGAAGAUCGGAGACGCAAGUCGUGUUCUUGUACUGGCUGCUACGAAUAUGCCCUGGGAUAUCGAUGAAGCUGCCCGACGCCGGUUUGUAAGAAGACAGUACAUUCCACUUCCUGAGCAGGGCGUGCGCGGACAACAGAUACGCAAACUCCUCAGCCAUCAAGUCUACGAGUUAGGCAAUGAUGACAUCGAAGUUCUCGUCCAGGUUACAGAAGGCUUCUCCGGCAGCGACAUAACAGCCCUCGCCAAAGACGCCGCCAUGGGACCCCUGCGCAACCUCGGCGAAGCCCUCCUGCACACGCCCAUGGACCAGAUCCGGCCGAUCCGGUUUGCGGAUUUCGAGGCGAGUUUGUAUGCUAUUAGGCCGAGUGUUAGUCAGGAGGGGCUGAAGGCGUAUGAGGAGUGGGCGAAGAAUUUUGGGGAGAGGGGGGGGUGA